AAAAUUACGAUUUUCUGGGUCUAGUGAAUAAAUGGAUAGAGCCUGGCUCCAAUUCUGGUAAAAUAAAAAGCAACGAGCUGAACUUCCUAAUUGGAAUGAUUCCCCGCUCUAAUUAGACGUUAAAAAUAGAUUAGUGCCGGAUGCGGGGAAAGGUUGGGUUUUCCUAUGAGUGGACCCUUUAUUUUUUCUUUUUUUUUUUAGAAAUCCUAAUUAUUCUUGAUUAUGGAUUGAAUAAGGGAUGUUAUGGAUUGAAUGUGUAAAAGAAGCAGUAUAUUGAUAAAGAGGCUGUAUUCCAAAGUCAAAAGAGCGAUUGGCCUGCAAAAAUAAAAAACUUGUUCUGUUCUUUUUUUUUAAUUAGAACAAACAUAAACUAAUUGGGUAGAAAAGGAGCAGAAAAAGAUCUGUGGAUUAGACUCCCUUUCUUUCCAGGGUUUGUAUUAAAAAUGCAACACCCUGUUCUGACCAUAUUGCACUAUGUAUCAUCAUUCGAUAAACCGAGAAAUGCUUCUUCUCUCUGAUUCAAGUAGAAAUACAAAUGGAAAAAUUCGAAGGGUAUUCAGAAAAACAUAAAUCUCGUCAACAAUACUUUGUCUACCCACUUCUCUUUCAGGAAUAUAUUUAUGCAUUUGCCCACCAUUAUGGAUUAAAUGGUUCUGAACCUGUGGAAAUAGUUGUUAGUUGUAAUAACAAGAAAUUUAGUUCACUACUUGUGAAACGUUUAAUUAUUCGAAUGUAUCAGCAGAAUUUUUUGGAUAACUCGGUUAAUCAUCCUAACCAAGAUCGAUUAUUGGAUUACAAAAAUUAUUUUUAUUCUGAGUUUUAUUCUCAGAUUCUAUCUGAAGGGUUUGCGAUCGUUGUGGAAAUCCCAUUCUCGCUACGGGAAUUUUUUUGUCUGAAAGAAAAAGAAAUACCAAAGUUUCAGAAUUUACGCUCUAUUCAUUCAAUAUUUCCCUUUUUAGAAGACAAAUUUUUGCAUUUGGAUUAUCUAUCACAUAUAGAAAUACCCUAUCCUAUCCAUUUGGAAAUCCUGGUUCAACUCCUUCAAUACCGUAUCCAAGAUGUUCCAUCUUUGCAUUUAUUGCGAUUCUUUCUCAACUAUUAUUCGAAUUGGAAUAGUUUUAUUACUUCAAUGAAAUCCAUUUUUUUUUUUCAAAAAGAAAAUAAAAGACUAUUUCAAUUCCUAUAUAACUCUUAUGUAUCAGAAUAUGAAUUUUUUUUGUUGUUUCUUCGUAAACAAUCUUCUUGCUUACCAUUAGCAUCUUCUGGAACUUUUCUGGAACGAAUCCACUUUUCUAGGAAGAUGGAACAUUUUGGGAUAAUGUACCCUGGUUUUCUCGGAAAACCCUAUGGUUCUUUAUGGAUCCUCUUAUGCAUUAUGUUUGAUAUCAAGGAAACGCAAUUUUUGCAUCAAAAGACACUUUUUUUGAUGAAGAAAUGGAAAUGCUACCUUAUCAAUUUCUGGUCUGCUCUUGUGGAUCUGAAAAAGGAGCCGUUGAGCGUCUCAAAGUUUAUUGAGGGUUUCAGGAUCAUGAAGAUUGAUAGGCAGGCUAAUAGGGUGUCGCAUGAGAUUGCAAAAUUUAGUGGUAUUACACUUCACAAACCAAUUAUUUUGUCUGCUCUUGUGGAUCUGAAAAAGGAGCCGUUGAGCGUCUCAAAGUUUAUUGAAGAUUUCAGGAUCAUGAAGAUUGAUAGGCAGGCUAAUAGGGUGCCGCAUGAGAUUGCAAAAUUUAGUGGUAUUACACUUCACAGACCAAUUAUUUUGGAAACUGACUGCUCUUUUGUUGCAUAUUUUCUGGCAACAUAA